AUUGUUUUCACAGCAUUAAAAUGAUUUAAUGGGUUCAUCCAAUUAGGUUUUUGAAAUUUCAGGAUCCACUGAAUUAUUUAGUUUGACAAGUUCCGUAAUGUCUGCAUGUUCGGUCCUCUUGACUACAAGUCUGAGGCAUAAGCUCUUUGAUACAACUUUUACUGUAUAGCAGGAACUCGCUAGUAUUGUUCUUGUGAUUUUGUCCGACGCUGCCCCGCAUCCAGUGGGGGCUGAAACCAAUUCAGAUGAACUUCAUCAAGAUGUAUGGAAGUUUAUGAGGGAUUACUGCAAUUAGGAGCCAUCGACGAAUGGGUGCUGCUAUACCAGUUUCAGUGUUAAAUUAUUGCGCCAUGUAUAUUUUCGUGCACGCGUGUUGUUUUUCAAAUUGUAUGUCUUCUGCAGUUGAACGCUGAAAGUAUCAGUUCAGUGUCGAUCGAGUUCGACGGUGAAUUUUGCUCAUGCAAUUUUUUUUAAAUUUAAAGGUCUAUAAAUGUCUCAAGAACCUCAGAAACGUCGUGGCCAUCCGACUGCGGCGCAAGUCGAAUUGGAUAAUUUCUGGCCAAAGGUGUUGGAAGAUAUCAAGAAGUUGACUCCGCAAUUCACGGCUCCUUUUUCCACAACUCAGAAUGACUAUCGAGCGCAAGCUGAUCUUCCCCUCGCGAGGAUUAAGAAAAUCAUGAAAUUAGACGAGGAUGUAAAGAUGAUAAGUGCUGAAGCACCCGUUGUUUUUGCCAAAGCAGCGGAAAUUUUCAUUCACGAACUUACCCUGCGCGCAUGGAUUCAGGCGGAGGAAGGGAAACGGAGAACUCUUCAAAGAUCAGAUAUUGCACAGGCUAUAGCUAAAUGUGAUCAGUUCGAUUUUCUUAUUGAUAUCGUACCCCGCGAAGAACCGAAGCCACCGAAGACUGAAACAAAAUCAAGCGCUGGACAAGAACAAAUACUGUACAACCUCCCUGUUACCGACGGCGCAGUAUUGACGCAGCAAGCGAUGCAAGGAGCACAACUGCAGCUAGUUCAAAUUCCUGGAACAUCAGGGCUGACUGCUGCUUCCAUGAAUCAGCAGCAGCAAAUGCAAACUAUUCAAAUACUUGGUGCGAAUGGGCAAAUUCAAACCGUCGCUCUUCUUGGAGGAGGAGCCAUGGGAAUUCCAGGUCCUGAGCAGAACGGCGAACAACCAAGGACGGUGCAAAUUCCUGCGGGAUUUUCCGUGCUGAACCAAGGUUCCGCGCCUCAAAUACAGUUCCAGCUACAACAACCGACUGCUCAAAGACCUUCCGAGAGUACUUCACCGCAACCAUCUGGCCAGCAGGUGCAACAAAAUAUUCAAUUUCUACAACAAAUUGUUGGUCCUAAUGGAGAAAUUCAGACCAUACCGAUAAGCUUGAAUGCUUCCCAGCUUUCUGGUUUGCGAACCCAGUUGUCGAAUCAGCCUUCUGCAGUUGUCACUCCCGCAUCAGCACUUAUGGCGCAAGGACAUCAAGUGGACCCCUGUUUCACCGGAACGAUACUAGCGAAGCAAUUUGUGUUAUUUAAUAGCGAUGCAUCCGUGUUUGUGGAAUUGAAUUUUUGUGCACCCGUCGUCGCAAACGCUAGUAUGGACAAAGGAAUUCUGUUUCGUUUCGCGAAAAACCUGGCGGUGUUCGUGAAUCCAUCGUCCAAUUUUCACCGAACAGCAACUGUUGCCUUUGGAGGGCAUUGGAGACGUGCUCGCGGUCAAUGCCAGACGAGGAACCGAUACGGUCCUUUGGCAGACCUGCCGGAUUGGUCUUACAUUGACGGACGUCCAGGUCCGUUAACCAACGGCCAGAGAUCUCGUCUGGAGAAACAGAAGGCUAUGGCGGACGAAAUCUACAAAUCUGUGUUCGCCAUCGAUUCUGCGACGGCAGAGGUUGAAGAAUUACGGAAAGUUGGAAAGAAGGGCAAACCGUCGCGACUUCGUGAAAAGGGUUUCGUUCCGUCGUAG